AUGCCGCCGCGCAAGAGGGCACCUGCAGCCCCAGCACGGCCACUUCCUCGCCCCAACACCGCGCACCCGUGCGCCUCGCAGCUCGAGGCCGCCCUCUCGACGCUCCCCGCUCGACCUCACGCGGCGUCGUACCACGCCUUCCUCACCUCGCCGUACUACCCUGCGCCGCCCUCGCCCUCGCCUACCAAGAAGCGCAAGAAGGCUGAGCCGACGCUCCCGCCUGCGGUUGACAGCGCGCUCGAUGCCGCCGUCGUUCAGCAGAAGCUCCUCGCGUGGUUUGACGGUGUGCGCGCGACGAGGGGCAUGCCGUGGAGGAAGGACGUGGACCCGGCGACUAUGGACGAGGAGGAGCGCACGCAGCGAGGGUACGAGGUCUGGGUCUCCGAGAUCAUGCUCCAGCAAACUCGCGUCGACACGGUCAUCCCGUACUGGCUCAAGUGGAUGGCCAAGUUCCCGACCGUCAAGGCGCUCGCCGAGGCCGACAUCGAGGAGGUCAACGGCGUUUGGCAAGGGCUCGGCUACUACAGUCGCGCUAAACGGCUCCUCGACGGCGCCCGCACGGUCAUGGACUCGCACGACGGCGUCCUCCCCUCGACCGCCGACGGCCUCCUGUCGAUCGACGGCAUCGGCCCGUACUCGGCGGGCGCCAUCUCGUCGAUCGCGUUCGGGCAAAGGAGCGCGACCGUCGACGGCAACGUCAUCCGCGUCCUGAGCCGGCUCACGGCCUUGCACGCCCCCGACAAGGCCAAGAGCACGGCCAACUUCAUCUGGGCGCUCGCCGACGUGCUCGUGCCGCCGCAGCCGAAGCGGCGCAAGAAGAAGGCGCGUGACAGCGACGGCGAGGGCGGCGAGGUAGGGGGAGAGGGCAAGUGCGGCGUCGGUGGCAAGAACAAGCCGGGCGCCUGGAACCAGGCGCUCAUGGAGCUCGGCGCGACGGUGUGCACGCCCAAGGCGCCCAAGUGCGACGAGUGCCCGUUGAGCGACGAGUGCCUCGCCUACGCCGAGGCCCGCUACGUCGCGCAUCAACCAAAAACCUCAUCGUCAUCAAGCCCGGCUCCCGCGCCCGACAUCGAGGACCUGUGCGACCUGUGCGCGCCCCUGCCGUACGAGUCGACCGCCGAGGCCCGUGCGCACGGCGUCGAGGUGUUCCCCAUGGCCAAGGAGAAGGUCAAGAAGCGCGACGAGGACUCGGUCGUGUGCGUUGUCGAAUGGGUCGCGAGCGAGGGCGACAAGGGCGACGAGGAGAGGAAGGUGCUGCUCGUCAAACGGCCAGAGAAGGGUCUGCUCGCCGGCCUCAACGAGUUCCCCGCCAUCGACCUCGCGCCCGACUCGCCUCUCCCCUCCCCAAAAGCCCGCACCAAGCUCCUCAACUCGCUCCUCGCCACCCUCCUCGACCUCCCUCCGUCCACCCUCUCUCCCUCGACCGACUCGCCCCCCUCCUCCCCCUCAACCACGUCGACCUCGACGCCGCGCAUCCUCUCGCGCACGGCCCUCCCGCCCGUCACCCAGAUCUACUCGCACCUCGUCCGCACCCACCACGCCGAGCGCCUCGUCCUGUGCUCCUCGUCGCCUCCCGCUCUGCGCCCCGCCCUCUCGGCCAAGGAGGCGGCCCGCGCCGCCAAGAAGGCCGGCGCCGACGACGACGCGCUCGUGCAGUCGCUCGCCGGGCGCGCAAAGUGGGUCGACGCGGCCGAGGUGCCGACGGCCAACAUUGGUGGCGCGGUCGCCAAGGUGUGGGGCGAGCGGCUCGCUGUCGUCGGCGGGCGGGCGGCGGGCGGCGUCGAGGGGAAGAAGAAGGCGGCAGCGGGCGGCAAGGGGAAGGGCAAGGGCAAGGCCGAGGGCAAGGCGGACAAGGGGCAGGGGAGCCUCAUGGGCUUCUUUGCCAAGAAGGAGCCGGCGCCGAAGCCGUCGAGGGACAAGGCGGCGCUCGUCGGCGGGCAGGAGCGGGCGAGCGAGGCGGAGCGGGACGCGAGCGACGACGACGGCGAGGUCAUCGUCGUCGAGGAGGCGACGAGCGGCGGCAGGACGUCGGUCGAGGAGAAGAAGGUGUACAAGAAGCGGCGGAUAGCGCCCGCUUCGGACGAGGAGGACGACAAGGCGGGCUCGUAGAGAAAGCUCUCCCGCACGGGCCCUUUUUCUUCGCCGUCUCUCCUGCAAGUCGUGCCUUCCCUC